AUGCCCGGAAAAUACGAAGCAGUUCACAGACAUGAAGUCCUCCGGGGCCCCGGAGAUGCCCGCCCAACAGGGAUGCAGAUUCUCCAGGACGAGGACCGACUGAGCGGUGACCUCAGCGACAAGAUCGUGAUCAUCACAGGCUGCUCGUCCGGUCUUGGUGUGUCCACUGCGCAAGCGAUGGCCGCAACCGGUGCCACCAUCUACUGCACCGCCCGCGCUCUCGACCGUGCGAGAGAGGCUCUCGGCCCGCUGCUCGACAGCCCCAAGGUCCACCUCCUAGAGAUGGAUCUCGCCAGUCUGGCGAGCGUCAAGGCCUUCGCCGACGAGUUCAGAAGCCGUGAGAGCAAGCUCAACAUCCUCAUCAACAACGCAGGCGUCAUGUUCAUCCCGACGAACACCAAGACGGCGGACGGCUUCGAGAUGCACAUUGGCACGAACCACUUUGGGCACUUCUACCUGUUCGCUUUGCUGAAGGACCUGCUGCUGGCCGGGUCUACCCCCGAGUUCCAGAGUCGUGUUGUCAACUUGAGUUCAUCAGGCCAUCGAUACUGCCCCGAGCAGUUUGACGACAUCAACCUCGAGAAGAAAUACGACAUCAUGGUAGCAUAUGGCUCGUCCAAGUCGGCCAACAUCCACAUGGCGAACCAGAUCGAGCGCCUGUAUGGCAGUCAGGGCAUACAUGGGUACAGUGUCAUGCCGGGAGGUAUCUACACACCUCUCCAGAAACAUAUUCAAGCAGAGAUGGAAAGUGUGAGAGCGAGUAGCACAUACUCUACUUGGAUGAGGAGUCUGGAGCAGGGUUGUGCCACGACUGUAUGGGCCGCCACGGCCCGCGAGCUCGAGGGCAAAGGCGGCGUGUAUUGUGAGAACUGUGCUGUCGCUGUGGAGGCUCCUGAAGGUUUGGAUGAGGCUGGCCUUGGGAGAUUGCAGUAUGGCUAUGCUAAGUGGGCGUACAAUCAGGAGAUGGAGGAGAGACUGUGGAAGAUGAGUUUGGAGGCGGUUGGACUAAAGGAUGGAUUCUGA